AUGCUAGCUUUCGUAACGCGGGUUGCACAACUGCAAGGUAGGGGUCUACAUUGUGACGAUUAUAUAUCAUAUGAAAUGUCUCUAAUACAUCAAAAGUUAGCUGAACGUUUGUUUAUUUUAAAUGAUCGUCAACUUGGUGUAUUAACUCGUAUCCACUAUAUGAAACAAAUGCUUACUAUACCUGAAUGUCGACCAACUGUACUUCCAGGUGGUGAUAAAACAUUUGAUGCAGCUUGGAAAGUUUUACUCAAGAAAUUUCCUUCUAUCGAUUUCAAAUCAAAUCAGUCCACUAUGCAACCAUUUUUUAAUCAUCAAAAAGAAUUAUUUGCAAUGUUAUCUGUUUACUACUUUAACUUUGUGGAUGUUCUUGAUGUAAGAGAUCAUUUCAUUGAUCUUAUAGGAUGUUUAGCAUCUUCAAAAAUAACACCCGAUAUCACUGUAAACUUUGAUGUUACACGAAUUUAUUUGGAACUUGUUAGUAAUUAUUUCGCAAUGAUGUUUCUCAUUACACGUAUUCCAGACACAAAAGCUAUUUUGAUUCUUUUCAAUUUUUUGUACGAUCAAUUACAUGGAAAACAAGAGCCUAAUUAUCCUCGUAUGGCAGAAAUAUUUACUGAGACUUCUGAAGGUAUGCUCAAUCGUUUACACAAAGAGAUAAAUCCUUAUUCUCGUACAUUAUCAAGAGCUCUUCGUUCUUUGAAUGAUUUUUACAAUCGACGAACAGUAAGAGCUCAAAAUUGGAGUGAUGGAUACUUUUUAGAUAUUUUACAUGAACCAAGUAAAGUAACGCACACCGUCCUUGGAGAACAAUUAGGUUGUGAAUUAAUACCUUACGAAGUGAUGGAAAGAUGGGUAGUUUUUGGUUAUUUAUUGAUAUAUCCUGAAUUAACUGAUGAAGAAUCAUUUAAUCGACUGAAAGUAGCUCUACGUCAUUCAUAUGUUGUUGUAUUGUUCAGAGAAGAGGUAAUUUAUAUUCAUUCUCUUCUACAAUCAUUUCUUGAAUCUUCAUGGGUUAAUAAAGUAGGCGCUAAGCGUAUAAAUGAAAUUAAAGAGACAUUUUCAAUUGCAUGUUCACAAACUCCUAAAAUGCAUGCUGAUAGACGAGCUUAUUUACGAUUAUCUUUGCGUCAACUUCAUCUUAUUUUGUCUGAUGAACCUGGAUUAUUGGGUCCUAAAGCGUUUUUGGUAUUUUGGGGCUUAUCCUAUGCUUCAGAUGAAGUUCAUUGGCUUUUAAGGCAUUCUGCUAAUCCAAUUACAAAGAAAAGUUCCACUGUCUCUUCACGUACAGGAGGACCAUUUUCAAGUGAUGAACUGAAUGAUCCAUUCUUACCGGAACUACUUUUCAGAAUGGAUGAACUUCGUUCAUUAGUUAUACGUUACAGUGCUGUUAUACAACGUUUUUAUCUUCAAUUAUUGGGUUGUUAUGAUGGACCUGGGCUAAAUGAAUAUAUACAAGAUAUUCUACCACAUGUGAAUAAUGAAGAAGCUGUUAUUUUUACUUCGAUUGCAAAACAAUUAUGUGAACUUGCUGAUAAUCCUAUUGUACGUGAAACAAAUUUAAAUCCUAUGCAAUCAGCAAUGUUUGAUUUUUCUGGGAUACGACUUGAUUGGUUACGUUUACAAGCUUGUCUGUCAUGUGAAGCUAGCACUGCUAGUUUAAGUAAUUAUCGACGACUUGUUGAACAUAUCAAUUCCACGAUAUUACAUACUAAACUUGUCGAUUAUUUAGAUGAAUUACUACGAUUAGUUUCAGAUAUGUCCAUUUUUAUAUUUUAUCCUACUAAAUUCACUGAAAUGUUUACCAAUUGUCGUAUAUGUCCAGCACAAUUAAGAUUUACCAUUGUAUUUCCAAGUAUUUGUUCACAAGCUGUACAAUCUUGUCAUGAUUUAUGCCCGGAAGAACGUUCACAUAUUGGUCGUAAUGCUGUGAAUAUGUGUCGUCAUUUUUGUCAAGAAAUUGCUGAUAACAUCUGUCUUUAUUUAUUUAAUCGUAUUGAUGAAUUUGGUAAUUUGGCUGAUCAGUUAGCACCACAAAAUUCUGUAUCAUGGUUAACAAAUGAGAAACCAAUAAAAAAAGGUAGUAAAAAGUCAAUGAUUAAUACUCGUCAAAAUAUCAAUGGACUUAUUAAUAAUAAUAAUACUAAUAACAACUUUGGAGGAAUCGAUUCAAGAAAAGGCAAACGAUUUAAUGUCAAUAUGACUAUUCAUAAUAAAUUCACUUCAAUUGAUUCACGUCUAUUAAUUCCUGGUAUGGAAAGUUUUCGAAAUAAUCGUGAAGAACAAACUAUUAAUGAUAAAACAUUAUUUGGUUUAAGUCAAUUAUGUUAUUCUGUAAAUUAUCAUCGAGAAUUAAUAGUUUAUGAUCAAAUUAUUAAUCCACGUGAAAUACUUCAGAAUGAAGUACAAUUAAGAAUUAUUGAUUUACUUGCUAGUUAUUCAAAUUUUACGGUAAGUGAACGGAAAGCAGACGGCCUUGAGCAAACCACUCAGUUUGCAUUUUGCGCGAGGUUUGAAAUACUCAGUGACUCUUUGAUCAUUGACUUUCAUCUCAACUAA